GGAGAAGGCCGUUGCCAAGCGAGUCAUUUGAUGCCGAGCAGCAGAUGCCGAAGGCGAGCAUCAAUGCGAGCGUCCCGCCAGAUCUUCAAACUGCGCGUGGACGGAUCAUCACGUUGCGACAUCAUAGAGUGGAAGGAGGGAGAGGAGACAGGAGGAAAACAGGAGAGAAGGGAAGGGAGGAAGAGACCGUAAGGGGCGUUCGCAUCAGGAGAGAGAGCGCCCCCUCUGAUCCACACCGAGUUUCCGGCAAGUCUACUCGUCGCCGCGCUGAUCUACAGCCACGUUGGAAUUCACCGGAGCACCGUGGCACGUGUCCUCUUCCUCCUCCUCCUCCUCCGAUCAAGGCUUCUCCUCGAGGGUCCUCGCCCAAAUGAUCAAGGCUGCUCCUCGAGGGUCCUCGCCGAGAGGGAAAAAUGCACACGUCCGAGCGAGGCCCCCCGCGCCGAGCGCGCCCCUCUUUGGGGGCCGCCGGCGCGCGCGCACGCGUCAGUUCGGGGUGAAGACGGCGGCGGCGGCCACCUGGCGCGCAGGCGCCGGCGGCAGCGCGCUGCAGGCCUCCUCGAAGGCCCGCGCCAGCUCCGCGCUCUCCGCCUGCAGGUACUGGCUCGCCAUCCUCCGACGGCGUGCUGGCCACCCCGGCGAGCGAGCCCGGCCUCCCCGCUGCCGGCGCCUCGCCGGCGCCCGCCGCGCCCACGGCGGCACGCCCGGGCGCGGCGGCCCCGGGCGCCGAGAGCACGGUGGUCGUCCGGGAGACCACGGCGCCGAGGGCGCCGCUCGGCAUGGUGGGCGCCGGCAGCGGGGGCCACAGGCCAGCCUGGAGGGCCGCCGCCGCCGCCGCCGCCGCGGGCGUCCGCGCCGCCCUCGGCACGGGAGCGACGUCGGCGGCAGCGGCAGCAGCCGAGGUCCGCGCCGCGGCGUGGAGCGGGGAGCGCCAACGGGGCCCAACGCUGGGGGAUGCUCACACUGUGCCUCUACCCGCUACCCUUCGC